AAAACUCCGCCCCUCAGUAUCUUUCGGCAAAGGACAGAGUUCAGCUUUGACUGAAGACAAAACAGUCGUUUGCUGAUCUUGAUGUAAUAGAAUUUGAGAAUUUGAGAAUUUGAACUGAACCGUCCUGUACAGCUCUCAAAAUGUCAUUGGCAUACUCAGGGAUCCAUAUGAAAGCCCACUUCACCACAGUGGUUCCAGUGACUCUCGCAGCUGCCCUGGGAAGCUACUUGUUUUACCGAUACGUCUGCUGCAAAACACCCAAAAAGAGCUGGGUGAACUUGGAUAUCAAGAAAGACAGUGUGAAGGUGGUUGACAGCUUUGACAUUGAGGACAUUGGCUCGAAGGCUGUGUACUGCAGGUGCUGGAGGUCUAAGAAGUUUCCAUAUUGUGAUGGAGCUCACAGCAAACACAAUGACGAGACCGGAGACAAUGUUGGACCUUUGAUCAUCAAAAAGAAGAAUGUCUAAAUACCUCACAUUAGCGUGGCUGUCAAAACCUGCCAGUUUUCAAAAUCUGCUGUUUUCUACACUUAUUGUGGCAGGACAAAAUGGAAGAAACAGUGUUCUUUUCUUGGUAUUAAGUUUGAUCAAUAACUGUGUGUUGCUCCUUCUACUCAACAGGAAUUGCGUACAACAGACUACUCUGUUGUGUCUUUGUAACUGUUUUCGAUACAUGAAUUGUUAAAAGAAUUACAUUUUGAAUAAAUACAUUUUUGGCGUUA